AUGAUCCCUGAGGCCUGGUCACAGGGGAUGGAAGAAAGAUGUCAGAGGGUGCAAAGUGCGGCAUUGCCGAGGACAGAGACAAUAGAGUUGGAUGGCUCCGCUGUCCGCGUCUUUGUCAACUUGGAUGUCACAUCUCCCGGCCUCCUCAAAUCCUUCCUUCGAAAGGUGGGGUCGGUGGCACUGGUGGCUGUCUUCGCUGUGCGGCGCCGGACCCGCGUGGAGGAAGGGAAUCCUUUCUCCCGGCGGGCACCUGGCGUGUCGCUGGCGGAGCUUCGAGGCAUGCAGCGCGGCGGUCGCGGCUGCUUCCAGUUUCAGACGGAGACGACCUCCGAGGUCGCCGCCGACGCCCUGCUGGCGCUCCUCUACGCCAAGCACGCGGGCCCGAGGAACUACUUGAUCUCUUCGGCGACAGAACGAGAGAGGCAGCAGUGCUUCCGGGAGCUGCUUUGCCUCGACGAGUCUAAGAAGACGAUCUGGCUCUCCGGCACCGAUUUGGAGCCCCAGAAACUCUUUGCAAAGCCCAAAGCCCGGCCCGCGGCGGCGCCGAAGCGGAGGGAAAAGGGAGCGAUCGUGACCCCCGCGACUGCAUGUGGCUGCGUGGCUUCGCUCCCUCGACUUAACUGGAGGUCAUGA